AUGGGGUCUGCUGCAGUAAUCUCCAUUCCUGAAGAAGAACAUGAUCAGGAUCAGAGAGUUAUUGUUGGUGUUCCCAUUGAUCAGGAACAGCACAAGAAGAAGCCAAAUGAGAACAAGUUGUUUAAUCGUUGGCUAUGCUCCAUCAGACACACAAUAAAGAGGCAAGACAUGAAGAAAAUUACCCAUAGUGUUAAGGUUGGGGUUGCAUUAGUUGUCGUCUCACUUCUCUAUCUCCUUGAUCCUCUCUACAACCAAGUUGGAGAUAAUGCCAUGUGGGCUAUAAUGACCGUUGUCGUCGUCUUUGAGUUCUUUGCAGGAGCCACACUGAGCAAGGGGCUUAACCGAGGGUUGGGGACAAUUUUGGGUGGUGGGUUAGGGUGCUUGGCGAGUGCUUUUGCUCAAGAUGUUGGGGGACUUGCCAGUGCUCUCAUUAUUGGAAUUUCUGUCUUUGUCUUUGGGGCUAUAGCAACGUACUCGCGGAUGGUACCGAGUAUAAAGAAGAAAUACGAUUAUGGAGUGAUGAUAUUCAUAUUGACGUUUAAUUUGAUAGUGGUGUCUGGUAUGAGAGCAGAUAAGAUUAUGAGAUUGGCAAGAGAGCGGCUAUCUACCAUUGCCAUGGGUUUUGCAGUCUGCAUUUUCAUAAGCUUCCUCAUUUUCCCAAGUUGGGCUAGUGAUGAACUUCAUCAUUCCACCGUCCUCAACUUCCAUAACUUAGCCAACUCCAUUCAAGGAUGUAUGGAGGACUACUUCAAUUCUACUGAUGAGAAGAAAAAGAACAAGUCCGAUGCCAGUUGCAGCACUUGCAAAUCGAUCUUGAACUCAAAAUCAAAAGAUGACUCACUGGCAAAUUUUGCAAAGUGGGAACCAUGGCAUGGAAAAUUUGGAUUCAACUACCCAUGGAACAAAUAUCUACAACUUGGAGAGCUUCUAAGAGAGCUUGCUGCCAUUGUCCUUUCAAUCAAAGCUUGUCUUCAAUCCCCCAGACAGCCAUCAUCAGGCAUGAAGGAGGCAAUCAAGGAGCCAUGUGAGACAGCAGGGUCUUCCAUUGUAUUGACUCUCAAAGAGCUUGGAGAAGGCAUGAAGAAAAUGAAAAAGUGUCAAAUAGAGGGUGCGAUAGUGCCCAAAUUAAAGUUGGUUAGACAAGAAAUGAGCCUUGUCAUUAAUCCAUCCAGGCUAGGCCCCAUUGAGAAUUCUGAUGGACUGGCAAUGGCUAGCUUUCUAUUCUUAAUCAUGGAGAUUUUGGAGAAAGUAGAAGAACUUGCAAAAGAAGUUGAAGAACUUGAGGAGGCUGCUCGAUUCCGUACCACUUGAAUUUCCAUCAUUUAUUAUGUAUGCUUUUAUUAGUCUUGUGUAUAUAAUUAAUCACAAAUUUUUGGAGAUGGUUUAAAAAUACAUGUAUAUUGGAAGGAAGUGAAGAUGAGUAAAUUCAGAUAUGAAGCAAUUUGAAUAAUAUUGGUCCACUUUCAGAUCAAACAAACACAGAAUUUGCUCCUAGACUGUGUGCAAAAGGUGUUGUAACAACGGAGUUGAACAUUUUUACUUACCAACUUCCCACUUUCUAAUUGAUGCAGGAGAUUAGAUCAAGACCCAUUUCAACAUAGUUAAAUUAGAGAAUAACAGAGGACUUGGUUUUAUCAUUUGCAAAUGGAUUAGAGUAACUUAACUUUUAUAUAAUUUCUAGUUCCUUCUGAAAUUAGGCUAAAGGGCCCUCAAUUUCAACUUUGAAUAAACAAGAAAUCUGUCCCAAGUAAUCACACUGCAAUAUACGAGUUCCAAUGCUCCCAUGGCAAUCACAUCACAAAAAGCAAAACCAUAUAAUUACAUACUUAGACUCCAUAUGGACCCAAAAAUCUUCUGCCUUAUUGGUUCAUAGCAUUAAGAUCUUCAUAUUAUGAUUUUGAUUCUAAGAUCAUCUGCAUUAUUUAAUAUCAAGACUGAAAAGGAGAAGUGGGUUUAAAGGAGAUAGAAUAAUAAAAAGAGCCCUUCUCAAAGUGGAAGUAACGCGUUAAUUGACAAUGGAGUUGUAGCAGAUGCAGACCAUUUUCAUUUUGGCUCUGCACUCCCAUCACAGCCUCAAUAGCCAAAGUUGGAUCCAUUUAAAUAAGUGAAGACUGAACCAAAAGAAAAUGCAAGCUGGAAGGAUAAAAAGAGUAGGCAUCUUUCUAAGAUAUCGAAAAUUAUAAAGUAAUCAACAUGGGUUUCAUCCUAAUAAGGCAACUCUAAGGGAUGAGGGUGUUAGGACAACAAAUCUUAGUGUAUCUUCGCAAUAUUAAAAUAUUGCUCGCUAGGAACUAAAGUUAAUAUGGAUUUGCUUUCAAAUGUAACCUAAGUCCACAUAGUUUUGUUUCUUAACUCCUCAUGCCAAUGGAGAUAUUGUUCUUACAUAUACACUCUAGGAUCUCUCUCCUUUUUAACUAAUUUGGCAUCACCUCUAACAACCUUUACAAAUCCUAUUAUGUGUGAUAAUCUUACAACUUAUGAUUCACACAAAGUCUUGGAGGAUCACUACUUUUGUUUGUCUUCCAUAGAUUUUAUCCAUAUGGGCUAUAUUUAAGAUACUUCUCUUACUUGUGAGGAGUUUUCUACAUUUCUAGUAUAGGAUGGUACUAUCUACCAUAGAUUGUUGCUCAUAAUUUAACUUCUAGAUAUUACAGCAAUGUUUUUAUUCAAGAAAUCCCUCACUAAUCUUAUAAUGCUUUGAAAAAACUGCCUUAAGAAAGUUGUGAAUGAGGCACAAAGCAUAUUCACUUAAGAUUUGAGAUAAAAGUGAAGGCGGAAGUGGAAGUAUUCUUUCCUUAAAUGACGCAGAUUGGGUGCUUUUCCAAUGGCAACAACCCCAAGUCUACUACAGGUGAGUGAGAUCUGUCAACCUCCGUCUCCAUCACAAACAAGUCACUGACUCAACUUGGAAUAAGUAAUUUACUAAGCUACGGGACCAGCCAACACUCAUUCUACUUGAAUACAACAUACUUUAUACAUAACAAAGAGUAAUUUGGUGG